UCUGGACGUCCAGUAGGAUCGUCAGCAGGAGACGAGAUUCUGAGCAGCAGAGACUUUAAAGUGGACAGAAAAGGAGAGCAGUUCAAAAUGUACGCUGAGUACACGUGAAGGGCUUCACCUUGCGUACCUCAGGGUCUGGACCUUUCCACGCCUGGCGUCCAUCCCUUCACCAUCUUUGUUUUCACACCACUGAGUCAUCAGUGUGUCCCGGGUCAGUUGGGGACUUUCCACAGGCCUCACUGUGAUUUAUCUGUUCUUUGGCUGCUUCCACUUUAUUUUGUUAAUGAGAUCUAAAGCACAGUUUACACCCAUGUUUCCCUCCUCCUGGCCGCCUUCCAGCCUGAGUUACUGCUGGCCUCAGACAACCUUAUUUCCACACCUCUUUGUAUGAUAUUUUUUAAAAAUAAUUGUUUUAUGCAAGAUUACAGUAAGAUGUUCUUUUCAGGCCUACAGUGAUUAUAAUGAGGGUACAUAGACAGUUCACAGCUCCAGUCUUUACCUUCCAUAGCUGACAGGUCUUGAACACCUGUACCUGUUCAAUACAGCUGCAUCUUGGUUUUCUUUCAAUCAAAACCAGAACACAACGUGACUGCUUCAUGCUACCAUAAGGCUGUGCAUACUACAACUGUAGCUCAUCACAACUUUCUUAGAAAUUAUCCACAACGCUGAAUUAAUACAUGAAUGCACUGUAACGUGUUAAAGUAGGUGGAUUAUCUGCUGAGUUUAGGAGAUAAAAAGCCUUUGAAAGGUUUGAAGACUAAGGAUGUCAUCGUUUAUUAAGGACAGUCUGACAUCGAGGACAGUUUAAGGUUUAAAUCAAACAAAGUGCUCAAUGCUGUCAAGAUAUUUGGAACUUAUGAUCCAAAAGUGACUAAAUCUUCUCUUCCUUCCGGCUGUUCGCUUCAGGCGUCGCCACAGCCAAUCAUCUGCUUCCAUCUCGCCCUGUCCUCUGUGUCCUCUUCCAUCGCACCACCGACCUUCAUGUCCUCCUUCAGGACGUCCAUAAACCUCCUCUGUGGUCUCCCUCUACACGUGCAGUCGUCUCAGGCUGUUUCUACUUAAUAAAAUCUGAAUUCAACUCAAAUCCUUUGACCCCUCAGGCUGCCGUACAUUUCAGAUUAAUGCGCACCGUGACAAGCAUGAACCACUUAAAGGACUCAUUUGUUGUUUAAAGGUUUGAUUUUAUACGAUUAAUGGACAACGUAAUCAGCUCGUGGCUGCCAAACACCUGCUUUAGACUCAAGUGCUGUUUUGGGAGAACUGUGCUUAAUAAAGGGCAUUAUUUUCCCGCUUUGUUUUGAAAGACGCCACCGGAAGUCCGAUGUGCUGUUGCACCGUGAGACACCGGGUGUGUCGUGACGUCACCAUGGUCCUCAGGUAUUUCCUGUCCGUUCUGGUUCAUAAAGCUAAGGUGGUGGAGAAGCUGUCGGAGUCUCUCCCGGUCCGCAGUGCGGCGCGGCUCACCGCCCGGGCCGUCCUCAGCGCGCAGCAGGCCGGCAGGGACGCCGCGGGGCGGGCGCUGAAGUCCCGGACCGUCCGGCAGAUCCGACAGGAGGCCGCGGAGGUUCCGGAAGGCUUCAGGGAUCUGAGCCAGAAGGCCCGCAGGAUCCGAGACUCCCUGUUGGAGGACGUAAAAGACGGCGUGAACGACGCCUCCAAACAGAGGCGGAAAUGAAGGUACAACUGCCUGAAACCUUCAAAAUAAAAGCCUCACGGAGGGUGAACCUGAAUCUUUUCUCUCCAGCAGAUAAUUAAAACUGAUUGUUUGUGUGAUAGUUCACACACACACAUAAAAUCUGCCCUGCAAUACUU